AUGCUGGUGGGUCAGUACAUAGUCAAACUGUACCGUUUCCGUGAGCAAAAACGUCAGGCCCAGGAAGAGGAAGGAACCGAACCAACACCCUUCAACAUCGCGUUCAAUAGAAACUCGGGGGGCAAGGAUGAUCCGGAAGUACAGCUAUCCAAACAGCUCAUUCUGGACACACAGGAGAGCUUAUUUGAGGUCCUCCCGCGAAUUCAG